AUGUCUGCCGGCGUGACGAUAACGUCGACCGGUCCACCCCGCAUCGUCAGCUCCGAAGUUGGCGAGCCGAAUCGACCCGCCAGGACGGACCGACUGGAUCCAGUCGACGUCAACGAGUUUGGCAUCCCCCGUUCCGAGAGCUCAUCGCGGCUCGAAGCAGAUCUGGGCCCGAGCCUCAGCAACGUCCUCAAGACCUUUGACUUUUCGUCUUCCCACGCCAGCUUUCAGUCGAGCUUCGGCGUCGACAGUAGUGUUCAGGCCACCACCGACGACGACGACGAAGACGACGAAGGCGAGGAAUCGUCCGACUCGACCAACCUCACCACCAACCCAUCGACUCCUGCCUUUGCGCGCGACAAGGAGGCUGCGGCCACGGCGCAUCAGUUUGGACGCUUCGAGACCCUUGCCUCGCCUCCGCCGCCACCCCCUCCAUCCGCGGCGACCCUCCCCUUCGCUACCGCCCUCGGAGUUGCUCGCUCUGCUGUUGCUCCUGCCACGGCCACCAACGCUGGCGCCGUCCUCAUUCCUGCCACCACCACCGCCGUCGCAGCUGCCACGUCGCUCGAGGCGGCUUCCAUCGCAGACUUCGGAGCCCAGUUCAGCCCGGAGCGGAUAGGCGGCCCCGAGGAGCAGAUACCCAACAACACGGGCUAUUGGGGCACUCGGCGCCUGCUCUACCCACUCAGCGUCGGUGGAGGCGACCCUUUUGCUGCAGCGACGACCUCGACGCCGCAGCCGCCGCUCGUGUCGAUCCCCUUUCGCCCCGCGGCGUCCAGGGACACCCUAGGCUCGGUUCACUCGAUCAGCUCGGCGGGCACGAACAGCGUCCGUGGGCCAGGCCGCGCCAACUCGGACAUCCGCACCUUCCCAGACACAUCGCCGAUAGCGAACCGAGCCGCUGUCGCGCCGUCGGAGCGCAAGGGCAGCUUUAGCGCCCUCACAACUUCCGGCGGCAGCAGCAGCCGCGGCAGCGGCAGUGUCAGCGGCGGAUCGGGCAGCAGCGGCAGUAGAGAUCGAAGCGGCACACUUACGAGCGCGGCCGCCGGCUCCAUUCGCAGGCUCUUUCGGAGUGCGACGGCGAGCAGCAACGACCCGAGCUCAGGCAGCAAGGGACAGCCAACGCAAGGGCCAGGCCCUUCCUCGGCCUCUAGCACAGAGGUCAUACUCGCCGCAACGCUGCCUGUCGCGGGUACGCAACUCGGAUCCCGAUCAGCGCCGUCGCUGCCCACAGGCAACGACCAGCAGAGCCAGCAGGCGGCCCCGACGAGCAAACCGUCGGCCGGUGUUCAGGGGGACGAAAAGUCACUACCGAAACCUACUUUGCCGUUCCCGUCGAGCGCAGAGGCUCCCUCGGAGCGGCCGCCGACAGGCUCAGCGCCCUUGCUCGCCGGCAUGCCCGCUUCCGGCAAUUCCCGCCUGUCCCCGGCGAGAGCGCCGACCACGCUACUUGGACACCCGCCGCAGACCUCGCACCUCCGCUCGGAUACCGUCGGAUCGUCCGAGUUUGGCUCCAGCAGCGGGCCCAGCUCGGGACUCCACACGCCCGCAGGCUCGAUCUCUGCCGCCUACGGACGCAGCAGGGAGAGGGCGGAGAGCUACGUGAGCACCGGCUCAGCAUCCACCUUCCACGCAGGCACCGUGGCCAAGGCGACGAUCGCCACGGCGAGCUCGGCCACCAUCCGCAAGCUCGACCGGACCGACGGCGCGGCCCGUCCGAUCCGCCUCCAGAAGAGCAGCGGUUUCAGGACUGCCGGGUUCGCCAGCAGUAGCCAGGCGGAUUCGAGCAGCCUCUCAAACGCCGACGAUACGAGCGUCGAGAUCGACGGGGGCGACGUGACGUUGGGCCCGAAGCCUUCCAUGCGUCAGGGCGCGGAAUCCAACGAAAGCUCGUUCGAAGCGGGCCAGCUGUCGGACAGCUUCGGCCCCAAGGCGCCGUCCUCUGUGGUUUACCUCGACGCCGGUGCUGGCGGGCUGCCAAAGUCGGCCUUCUCGGACACGCUCUCGGCGCCCGUGUCGCGAUCGCCGUCGGGCAGCAGCCUCGGCGGCCCGGACGCAUCGCGGGAGCAGGAGCACGGCACGCUGUCGACCUCUGGCAGCCGCGCCAGCGGCUCGUCUCGUGAUGCCGGGCGGCAAGGCUCGGCCUCGGUCAGAGCCAACUCGAGAGCGGCCUCACGCUCGCCUCGCAACCCGCCAACGGUGCUCGUGGCCGACACGCACGAACCGGCCCCGGUCGCCGCCGGCCGAGGAGGUGCCUCUGCCUCCGGUCAUCGCAUUGCUGGCGGCCCGAACGGCAGUCUCUCCGUCGAUGUGGGCCUCGGGAUACGCAGCGGCCGCUCGUCGGCCGACACCAGCCCCGGCGGCUCCACGCGGCCCAAUCUCGGCCUGGCGCUCGGGGUCCUGCCCGAGUUCGGCGACGCAUCGGUCCCCACGGCGCCCCUGUCGAGCUCGAGCUCCUGGGGCGGCUCAUCGCUCCUCGGGGCGCACGGCGGCGGCUUCGAAACUGGCUCCACGAGCGGGUACAGCCGCGAUCGCGGGACGAGCAUCUCGACCAACCUCUCGUCUGCGAUGCUCGAAGAGCCGGUGUGGGGCCAGAACCGCUUCGUCGCCAGCUCGGCUCCCGAUCCCACCCUCGACUCCCUCGCCGCAUUUGCCUUUCCGUCGCCCGUGGUCAGCAACACCUCCAACAUGCCGACGCCGACGCCCGGUUCGGCCAAGCUGCACGGCGCCACGCUCCACUCUGCAGCGCCCUCGAUGCAGUCGACCGCCUCGACGUCGAUCGGCUGGAUGCCUGCGUCGGUCAGCCAGCACAGCCUGAUGCGGGUCGGCGGCCACUCUCGCGCGCUGACCAACACGACGCAGGUGUCGACGGCCAGCCGGAGCCAUGUGCCGGCCUCUUCGGCCGGCGGCUCGACGUUCAGCGCCGUCGGCAGCAGCCUCAACCUGCUAGGCCUGUCGCAGCUGGCGCCCAGCACCCGCGACGAGAUGCUCAACCGGCUCGUGCUCGACCAGGCCCGCGUCGACUGCCAAGACUACGGCCUGCUGAGCCUCGAGGACGUGGCCAGCGCCAAGCGCGAGCUCAAGCAGCUCGACAGCAAGAUCGCCACCAUGAAGGUCAAGCUCAAGGUCGAGGCCAAGAUCCGCGACGCCGCCGUCGCGCUCCGCAAGGCGCAUCGCAAGGCGCCGUCGAGCGUGCUGUCGCCCGUCAGCCCGGUGCCCGGCACGCCGCACGGCCUCGCCUCUCCCUCGAUCGGCCCGCGCGGCCGCAUCUCUACGAGCGAGACAAAGGCAGACGAGGACGCCACCACGGCCAUGGCCAAGGUGGACAAGGUGACGCGGGACCUGCUCAAGCUCAACGACCGCGCCCAGAUGUUGCGCCGGAUGGUGCUCGAGCACCAGGCGGCCGCCCUGAUCGAGCGCGUCGACGCCCUCGAGGCGGACCGGGCGCUGAUCGAGGAGCGGCUGCCCCGCCUCGCCACGUCGGCCUCGACGGCGUCCCUGGCGCGGUCCGCGUCCUUUGGCGGGAACGCCAACGGCCACGCCAACGUCUCCAGCAUGACCAUCCGCGAGAGCCGCGCCCUGACCAGCGAGGAUAUCCGGGCAGGCGUCGACAGCGACGAACCCUACCAGCCGCAGGGCCCCAGCUACCCAUUGAGCCACAGUCGGCUCGUUUCGAACGGCAGCAUCGGGAGCGGCUUCAGCUUCCUCGACGCCAGCCUGCCGGAACAGGUCAAGCGCCUGACCGACGAGCUGGACCAGACGCGAGGCGCUCUGGACCGGACCCGCCGCCAGCUGACAGCGACGGCCGACGAGAUCGAGGCGAGCAAGCGGCAGGCGGCGGCAUUCAAGCAGGAGCUCGAGCAGAGCCGGCGAGAGGCAAAGGCCGCGGCCGAGGAGCUCAUGCGUACGAGCGCGCAGGUGGAGGCGCUGCAGGAUGAAAAGGACCGCUUCGCACCAGAACUCGAACGGCUGCGACAGCAACUCGACCAAGGACGUCGCGAUGAGGCAGAGGGGCAGGAGGCGCUCCAGCUCACCCUCCAGCAGCGGCUGGAUGCUGAGCGUCGCGAGCACUCGGUCCAGCUCGCCAGCCGCGCAGAGGCAGCGGUACGCGAGGCCGAGCAGAGGCUCGCGGGCCAGGUGGCCGAGCACGAGGCCAACGCCAGGGCGGCGCAGCAGGCCCUCCAUGCGCAGCAAUCGACCCUCGACCAGCUGCGAAAGGAGCUUCAAGAGUCCCGCGACGCGCAGGCCCGAUUGCAGUCGGUCCAGUCAGAAGCGCAGCACGAGGCCCACGCAAAGGCUGCGCAGCAGGCCCUAGAAGCGCAGCAGGCCACGGUGGAGCAGCUGCAGCAGGAGCUGCGCGUCGCGAAAGAAGCCCAUGCCAGGGCGGUGUCGCUGCAGGCAGAUUCGAAGGACGAGGCCGACGCCAAAGCAGCUCAGCAGGCACUGGAGGCCCAGCAGGCGACACUCGAGCAGCUGCGAAGGCAGCUCCAGGACGCCCAGGACGCCCGGACACGAGCGCUCGAGGCCAGCGAUGCCAGCAGCCAACGCGCGGCAGAGCUCGAGGCAGAGGCGAAGGCCGCGCAGCAGAGCCUCGCUACGCAGCAAGAGGCCGUCGCGGAGCUGCAGCGGGAGCUGCAGGAAUCCCGCGAUGUUCACGCCAAGCUGCAGUCCGCCCAGGCGAGCCAGACCGGCACGUCUCGCAUCGCGCAGCUCGAGGCCGAUGCCAAGGCAGCCCAGCAGUCCCUCGCGGAGCGAGAGUCGACGGUCAAGCAGCUGCAGAGGGAGAUCGAACAGCUGCGGAACGCAAGCGUCGCCAGGCAGCCGGUCCAAGCGGCGGCAGUGCAGCAGGCCGAUGCUCAAGCGACGCAGACCCUCGAGCAGCUGCGAAGGGAGCUUCAGGAGGCCCGGGAAGCCCACGCCAAGCUGCAAUCGACUCAGCCGCCGGGCAUCGGCAGCAGCCGCAGCGCAGAGGACGAGGCCAGUGUCAGCGCGAUGCAGCAGGCGCUCCAAGCUCAGGACACGACGCUCGAACGCCUGCGGGGGGAGCUCCAGCGGUCGCGCGAUGCCCAGGCCGAGCUUCGGUCCGCACAACUGAGCGACGUCACAGGCAUCCGCAGCGUCGUGCCCACCGCCGACGCCGAGACUCCCCCGUCCCGCGAGCUCGCCAGGGUCAAAGAGGCGCUGGAGGAGGCCGAACGUCGAGCUUCGCAGCAAGGCGCUCAGCUUGACAAGCUCACCGCUCAGCAUGCGCUCGUCGAGAAGGCUUCCGCGGAUCGCGCCUCAGAGCUGGACAAGGUCCGCUCCCAGCUCGCCGAGGCGCAGGAACUCGCCGAGCAGCGCUCGCGCGAGCUGCAGCAGGCAAAAGAGGCGCAGGCUGCGGCCGACACGCUGGCUGCCCAGCGGGCCUCUGAGCUCGACACGGCGGCCAUCGCGCGCGCAGCAGCUGAACGCCUGUCUUCGGACCAGGCGCGGGAUUUGGUCAGCGUCAAGGCUGCCCUGAGCGCCGCCGAGCAGCAAUCCGCUGAGACUCAUGCUCGAUUGGACAGCCAGCUUCGGACCACCACGUCGCUCCAGGGUCAGCUCGAGGAGGAGCGGCGCGCCCGCGCCGAUGCCGAGGCCAAAAUCGCCGCUGCACAGCAGCAGGCGCGAGAGGCCGAGGCUCGCGCCCUCGCCUCUGACGCGGGGCUGCGAGAGCUUGAGCUGGCCGUCGGAGCCGAGCGCAAGAUCAUGGCCGAGCGCGACGAGCUCUUCCACGCCUUUGAGCGCCGCCUCGAGAGCGCCGAGAGGCGGCUGCAGGACCAGGACAAGCGGUGCGCCCGCAUGCUCGGCAAGCUCGAGGGCCGUGAAGAGAUGGACGACCUGCUCGAGCGCAUCAAGGCCGGAGCGGGCGGCCUCGUCAAGAAGAAGAAGACGGCCGGUCAGGACAUUGCCGACCUGCUGACGAGUCUUGAGACGCACAUCGAGGACCUCGCCGACGAGCUGGCCAGGACCGGCGGGACCGCCAACGGCAACGUCGGCUCCUACAGCUCGCCCGCCCUCCGCCAGCUGGAAAACGAGCUGGACGAGGCCGAGCAGGAGGCCGCCCGGUGGCGUGACGAGGCCGAAACAGCCAAGCAGCAGCUCGAGGAACUGCGGCGCGUGGCAGAGGCAAGCGCAUCGAACAUCAAGACCGCCGCGGCGCCCGAGUCGACUCGAUCUGCCGCUCCCUUGCCGUCGCCAUCGGCGCGGGACGACGACAGCGUCAAGGCCCUCGAGCGUCGGAUCGAGGCCCUGACGAGUCAGAACAGCGACCUGGAGCGGCAGCUGCGAGCGGCCAACGCGUCUGGCCCCUCUUCGGGUCCCCUCGGCGGUCCCUCAUCCGGCAAGGGCGUCGGCAACCUGAUCAGCAAAUUCGGCGGCGGCAAUGUCCCGGCACGCGGACUCGGCGUCGGCGCCAGCCCACUUCUCGGGUCCAGCCCACUUCUCGGGUCCAGCCCACUUCUCGGGUCCAACGGCAGGCGGUCCGUCAGUCAUUCGAACGCCGGAGAGGCGCAUGCGGAAGUCGACCCAGAGACGAACCGGCAGCUCCGCGAGGCUCAGCGGCUGGCCUCGGCCGUGGCCGGCAUGGUGCCCGAUGUCGAUGCCGCCGCCGCCUCGACGCUGGACCUCAAGGCGCUCCACGCGGCCUUUGAGGCGCCGCUCCCGACGCCACCGGUCUCUUCGGGGGCCGACGACGCGGACAUGGCGGGCGCCGCAUCGUCGUCGCCGGCGGUCGCGGCGGCCGCGCUGCGACGCGAGAUCGAGGCCAUGUCGCACAAGCUGCGGGGCGCCGUGGCAGCCAGCCGGACCGCCAUCUCGCGAGGCCUGCAGGCCGAAUCGAGUGCCUCGGCGCUUCAGACGCAGAUCCGAGAGGCCGAGGCGAAGCGAGACGAGUUCAAGGCGGCUGCAGAGGAGCUCGAGUCGAGGCUGUCGCAUUCGGCGCUCGACAUCGAGACGCUGCGGGAGCGCGAGCGCAAGCUGGAAGAGACGCUGGCCGAACUGCGCGAGCAGCUCUCGGAGGGCGCGCGGAGCGCCCGGACGCACUCGACGUCGUCGAGCAGCCUCGGUCUCCAAUUCAAGGUCGAGACGAUGCCGUCGUUUUCGCCGCGCAAGAACGCCAAGAAGCUCGUGUCGGUUUCGACGUCGACGUCUCCGCCGCAGCGACGCCCGCCGCCGCUCAAGCCCAUGUUGGGCGGCAUGCCCAGCUGGACCGCCGCCGCCGGUGCCGCCGCCGCAAACACCACCAACGCCAAGCGCGGUGCCAACGAGGCGAGCCUCGCGCUGCCAUCGCCCGGCCUGAUGCUCGAGGGCAUGCACCUCGUCUCGCCGACGCGAUCCGCCGGAUCCUCGUCGCCGCUGCCGUCGCCGUCGCCCGCCCGCUCGCCCGUCAAGCUCUCGCUGCCCCCCUUUGCCUCGACGCUCGAGACGCGCACGGGCGGCAGGUCGCCCGAGCCGCCCCUCGAGCAUGUCUCUCCCGCGCACUCGAACGUCUCGCUGCCCACGGCCUCGGCGGCGGCCGCAGCGGGCAAGCAAGGCCCGCGCACCAUCACGCUGGGCAUGGACACGUCGGCGCUGAUGCUCAAGAUCCGCAACCUGGAGCGCGAGCUCGUCGUCGCCCAGACCUAUCAGAAGCAGUCGGAGAGGAUCCGGGAGCAGGAGGCCGCGCUGCGGCUGCGCGAGAGGCAGAUGGACGAGGAGCGCCUCCGCGACGCCGAGAUGAACAGCCGGCUGCUCGAGGAGCUCAACGAGAGCAACCGCGCCCUCCAGGCGGCCAAGGAGCGCGCCGAGGUGGAAAAGAGCAUGCGCAUGAUGGACGAGAUCAACGAGCGCAACCGCCUCCUCAUGGCCGGCAAGAUGUGA